AUGCUGGAAGAGCUGUCACCUCUGUCCUCAUUUGAUGAACAGACGGUCAACAGCUGCCCAGCCCUUACGGCUUUGGCUACAUGCACGGGCAAUUGCCUCCACUGCAUUCAAGACGCUGGUAUUGGGCUGUUCGAACCUGCCGGCGACCGCUGUAUGUAUGUGGUAUCUACCGACAACUGCGAGGUGCACAAAUUCAAUGGUGAUUGUGCUAUCGAGCGUUGGGCCCGGAAUUGUAAGUCGAAUGUCGUGAGAUGCUGCGUUGGUGCAUCACAGCACGCGAUAAGGCGUGAGCGGCUACCAUUUGCCUUCGUCAGCGUUUACAACAACCUGCUGGCGGCAUUGCAACAACAACUCAUCAGGCAGUGCACUAAGCCAGAUCGUGGCGCCCUCGGGGAUUGCUACGCUUUUGGGGUGCGCUCCCUGGAUGGGUUGAGGGACAGCCACCAUAGGGUCAUGACCCUCAGGUUGCAUGUCAUUCUUGCUGCACGAAUCCUGUGGAUGCCGAACUCAAUCAGCCGCGUGUACGACUGGGUACCUAUCAUGCCACUUAGUCCAGACGGAAUUUACAGACUGGGCAAAUUCCUGGAGCACAAGAGCAGGAUGUGUCAGAUCUUGAAUUACGACAUCGUCGCGGACUGCGGUCCGCCUGCGGACUUCUACACAUACAACCAUGACGGCUCAUACCCGUGGCUUGGAGAGGGUCAGACUUUCGGACCUGAGAACCAUGAGUGCAGGUUUUUGGAGCCUGAGCAGCCACAUGGAGGAACCGCAAGGGGUAGGAUGUCGAGGCGGAACACUGCGACACAACAUGCGUUAAACGAGACUGCCAUCCUGUGCUUUGUCAGGGAGAAAUUGGUUGUCACUACGAAGCAAGUGGCAAACCGCAUGGGUGCGGAGAAGAAGGCUGUGAACAGGAUCCUUUACUCACUGAUGGACUUAGGGGCUGUGCACAAGAUCCUGGACACACCGCCCACUUGGGCCUCGACUGACGAGUCAGGUUGGGGAAAAGUGGCGCGGACAGAGUGCAGCAACAUGGAUUGCUCGGAGGCACGUGUCACUGAGCAGGAUAUUGAUGCAGGAAGGGUGAGGAUCGAGGAGCCUGCAGAGAUUGAUCGAGGCGAUCAUCGGAGCAGCCCUGAGAAUCCAAUCACAGGAUUCAGCGUGCAUCCUACGCAGGUGACGGGCCAGCCACAUGUGGUGGGCGACACGUCAUACCUGAGCGAGGCCCACAAAGUGGACUUGCGAGGAGGUGAGGCCUGGUUGGACUACCGGGAUAGUGUUAACGAGAGCGGGCACAAGGAGAUGAGGAGUGCAUUGGAGGAAGAGGCGAAGCAGAACCUCGAGCAGAGCGAAUUCAGCGGUUGCGCCCCGAAGGAGGCUCGCGCCCACUGUUCAUCAUGGGAGAGCGUGCCGGAGUCCGGGAACAUUCCGGGUGUCUAUGUCGCCAAGCCUACGAUAGGCAACGCCUUAAAGGCUAUGAAAGACAGGCACUUCAAGGUUGCUUCCGGGGUCGGUGAGAUGACAAAGGUUGGCAAGAAGCAUGUCCAGCGUGCAUGCUCCAUGUUGAAGCAGGUCCUGAUGGAGAGCUGCGUAGACAGCGGAGCGCUUGCGUUGGCCUACGACAUCUUGGAGACCAUGCCGACCGAAUUCAAAUCCGGCAAAUGGACAGAGGAGCGAUUCCUUACGGCGCUAUCCAAAGAAAAACCCCGGAUGAUCAUCACUUCUGGUGACGAAGGGGUCGCUCGCCACAUUCUCGAUGCGGGGCGUGAGUUUGGCCGACGCAUGGGAGAGAUAUUACGCAACUACGAUUAUGUCAGUUCUAUGGACUUUGGUGCGUUCGAUGGGAGUUGCACAAAAGAGUGUCGCGACCUCAUUGAGAACGAUAUCAUUGUUUCCAUGUUCAUGAAGAUCAUGAGCCUGGAGGGACCUGAGAGUCUGCUGGCGGCGGCAGUGCGUGACCGAAUAAAGAAUAAGUGCUCCAUUUUGGUCAAGAACGUCGUCAAGGCUGUGAUUUUCGACAUGAUUCGUGAAAGUGGCGAUCGGGGGACUAGUAUCCUCAACUUCUUGACGAAUUUGUGCAUUUUCUUCGCGAACCUUUCACUUGUUUUGGAGCGCAAGGGUAUCAGGGAGAGCGCAAUUCGCAAGAUCGUCAUGGAUAGUAUUCGUGGUGGAAAGCUCGCAAACCUCAUGGGUGAGGGGGACGAUGGGCUGCAGGCAUUCGCCGAGGCCCUGAUCCGCAUGAUCGGCACGAAGUUCGAGUUUGGAGAAGCCUGGUGCAAGGGGAUGCUGCUGGGGCCUGAUGCUGAUGAGGCAAAUGACAGCUUCGUCGAGAGCUUGGAGCGUGAGCGUCAGUGCUUCUUGGCAGAGGGAAAAGCACCGCUCAUGAUGAUGAAGUCACUUGAGCGGGAAACGGGAAUAGCAGUGGCAGAUCAGGAAAUGGCCAUUAAAUUAUGGGACUGGGCACCGGCAAUGUCGAAACAGUGA